GACUUAACAGGCUUCCAGGUGGAUAAAGCUAGAGAGAGUCCCAAGAAGUUUCAAGCUGCAGGGACCCCUCCUGAGUGUCUGAGAACCACCACAAUAUGAGAAGAAGUGGAAUACAAGUUUUACGUGCCAUCUGCUGGUCCAGACUCUGACUAUCUGGAGGAUCUACACCUUGACUGACUGAGCCACACCAUGGCUUAUCAAGACAGUUGGAUGACAAGGGCUCUGUGGAUAUUCAUGACAGCCCCCCUUUCCCUGAUAAUGUGAUGAAAGAGGAGGACAACAUGGUAUAUUUUAUCUAUGACGAGGAGGUAGAGGACAAAGACAAAGAGGAACCUCCUCCUGCAGAACCCAUCAAUCCAGUCAACGACAGACCUCACAAGUUCCAUGACCACUACUGCAAGAAGCCAAAGUUUUGUGACGUUUGCGCACGCAUGAUAGUUUUAAACAAUAAGUUGGCAUUGCAAUGUAAGAACUGCAAAACCAGCAUCCAUCACCAGUGUCUGUCUUACGUGGAGUUCCAGAGGUGUUUUGGCAAAAUUCCUCCAGGAUUCAGAAGAGCCUACAGUUCACCUCUCUACAGCAGUCAGCAAAAUUCCACAGUCUCACAGCUGCUUCCCUUUUCACAGUCAAACCGCACCGACCCUGUGUUUGAGACGCUGCGUGUUGGCGUGAUCAUGGCCAACAAGGAGCGUAAAAAAGGGUCAGAGGACAAGAAGAAUAUAAUGAUGAUGAUGACAGAGGAUGAGGAGUCCCAGCCCAAACAGGAGGAUGAAGGAGGUGAAGGAGCAAACCUAGAAGGAGACAAAAGAGGAGACAAGGCUUCUGCUGAUGACAAGAGUAAAAAGCUUCAGUCAAGAAAGAUCGGAGUGUUCAGUCAGUCUCACUACUAUCUGGCUCUGUACCGCUUCAAAGCCGUGGAGAAAGAUGAUCUGGAUGUUCAUGCUGGUGACCGCAUCACGGUGAUAGAUGACUCCAAUGAGGAAUGGUGGAGGGGAAAGAUCGGAGAGAGAACGGGCUUCAUACCUGCCAACUACAUCAUCCGGGUGCGAGCAGGAGAGGGGGUCUUCAAAGUGACCCGCUCCUUCGUUGGCAACAGAGAGAUGGGCCAAAUUACUCUGAAGAAAGACCAGAUUGUAGUGAAGAAGGGUGAGGAGGUAAACGGCUACCUAAAGGUCAGUACAGGACGAAAGCUUGGCUUGUUCCCCACCAACCUCCUGCAGGAGAUCUGAGGAGGACUGGCAGAUGUCGCAUUAAACCCUCGGCCAUCUUCCGUCCCAUCUUCAUUACCUGCUGUGGAAGAGAUGCUUGUUUAUGGUGCAAAGCAACAAAAACACUUUUUUGCUUGAAACACACAUUGGUAGGAUCUUUUGUUCAUCUGUAGACUCAGAAAGCCUGUGUGCAGAAUAUAUUGGGAUCCAUUAACUCAGUGCGCAGAGGCAUGUGUUAAAUAGGCAGAUAAAUAACAGAAAAAUAAAGGUUUGGUCUACAAACA